CGGGCUUGAAUCCCGAGUGCGGGAGAGGGACCUACUGUGGAGAUGGGGCCGGCCCCCGCCGGAGACCAGCUACGCGGAGCAGCUGGGGAGCCAGAGGUUUUGGAACUUGCCCUAGAAGGCGUCAGCAAGGAGAAGGCCACUUCAAGAAAGCGUGCAAAAGCUGAGCCUCCAGCAGAAGGCCUCCUGCAGCCAGUGAAGCUCAGUCGGGCAGAGCUGUACAAGGAGCCUACAAAUGAGGAGCUAAAUCGCCUUCGGGAGACUGAAAUCUUGUUCCACUCCAGCUUGCUUCGUUUACAGGUGGAGGAGUUACUGAAGGAAGUGAGGCUCUCGGAGAAGAAGAAAGAGAGGAUUGACACUUUCCUGAAGGGGGUCAACCUGCGGGUGCAGCGAGUGCCCUCAGUACCGGAGACCGAGCUCUCUGACCAGUCAUGGCUCCCAGCUGGGGUUCGAGUGCCCCUUCACCAAGUUCCCUAUGCUGUGAAGGGUUCCUUCCGCUUCCUGCCUCCUUCCCAGAUCACUGUCGUAGGCAGCUACCUUCUGGGUACUUGCAUCCGACCAGAUAUCAAUGUGGAUGUGGCACUGACCAUGCCCAGGGAAAUCUUACAGGACAAAGAUGGGCUGAACCAGCGAUACUUCCGCAAGCGAGCUCUCUAUCUAGCUCACCUAGCUCACCACCUGGCCCAAGAUCCCUUCUUUGGCAGUGUUCGAUUCUCUUACACCAAUGGCUGCCACCUGAAGCCCUCGCUGCUGCUGCGGCCACAUGGGAAGGAUGAGCGCCUGGUCACGGUGCGUCUGCACCCGUGCCCUCCUGUGGACUUCUUCCGCCCUUGCCGCUUGCUGCCAACCAAGAACAAUGUGCGGUCUGCCUGGUUCCGAGAGCAGAGUGCUCCGGAGAGUGCUAGCCCAGAGCCCCCUACACCCCACUAUAACACAUGGAUCCUGCAGGAUACAGCUCUUGAAUCUCAAAUGCACCUGCUGUCAACUGUAUUGGGCUCUGCCCAGGGGCUGAAGGACGGUAUAGCACUUCUGAAGGUUUGGCUGAGGCAGCGGGAGCUGGACAAGGGCCUGGGCGGAUUUAAUGGAUUCCUUAUCUCCAUGCUAGUUGCCUUUCUCGUGUCUAAACGCAAGAUCCAUACUACCAUGAGUGGCUACCAGGUCUUGAGAAGUGUCUUGCAGUUUCUGGCCACUACAGAUCUGAGGGUCAAUGGAAUUAGUUUAUCUCCCAGUUCGGAUCCUUCCUUGCCAGCGCUGGCUGACUUCCACCAGGCUUUCCCAGUUGUGUUCCUGGACUCCACAGGCCGCCUCAACCUCUGUGCUGAUGUCACAGCUUCCACUUACAACCAGGUGCAGCACGAGGCACAACUGUCCAUGGCCUUACUGGACAGCAAAGCUGAUGAUGGGUUCCAGCUGCUCUUGAUGACUCCCAAGCCCAUGGUACGGGCUUUCGACCACAUUGUCCAUCUCCGUCCACUGAGUCGUCUGCAGGCAGCAUGUCACCGACUAAAGCUUUGGCCAGAGCUGCAGGACAAUGGUGGGGACUAUGUUUCAGCAGCUUUAGGCCCGCUAACCACAAUUUUGGAGCAGGGUCUUGGGGCCCGACUGCAUCUGCUGGCUCACUCUCGGCGCCCAGUCCCAGAGUGGGGUAUCAGUGAAAAUCCACCGAAGCAUAAGGACGCUGGGACCCUGACCCUGGGAUUGCUUCUCCGGCCUGAAGGACUGACCAGUGUUCUUGAUCUUGGUCCUGAGGCUGACCAGCCUGAGGCUGCUGACUUCCGUCAGUUCUGGGGAUCCCGCUCAGAACUUAGACGUUUCCAGGAUGGAGCCAUCCGGGAAGCUGUGGUCUGGGAGGCGGCCUCUAUGUCUGAGAAGCGCCUUAUUCCUCAGCAGGUGGUCACCCACCUCUUGGCACUCCAUGCUGACAUCCCAGAUACCUGUGUCCACUAUGUGGGUGGUUUCCUCGACACAUUGAUCCAAGGCCCAAAAGAGAUCUCCAACACAGGUGAAGAGGCCCUGGCAUUGGCCGUGCGUUGCUAUGAUGACCUCAGCCGCCUGUUGUGGGGGCUGGAGGGUCUCCCGCUCACUGUGUCUGCCGUUCAGGGAGCUCACCCAGUGCUGCGCUAUACAGAGGUAUUCCCUCCGGCCCCAGUUCGACCUGCCUGUUCCUUUUAUAAGCAUCACCAAGAGCGGGCCUCACUGUUGCCCCGGCUGGAUAAGCCCUGCCCAGCCUAUGUGGAGCCUAUGACUGUGGUUUGUCACCUGGAGGGCAGCGGGCAGUGGCCUCAGGAUGCGGAGGCUGUUCAGCGAGUCCGAGCUGCCUUCCAGCUGCGCCUGGCAGAAGUUUUGACACAGCAGCAUAGGCUACAGUGCCGAGCUACUGCCACACACACUGAUGUCCUCAAGGAUGGGUUUGUGUUCAGAAUUCGAGUGGCCUAUCAACGGGAGCCACAGAUCCUUAGGGAGGUACGGAGCCCUGAGGGCAUGAUCUCUAUGAGAGACACACCUGCCUCCCUCCGCCUUGAGCGAGACACCAGGCUGUUGCCCCUGCUCACCAGUGCCCUGCAUGGACUGCAGCAGCAGCACCCAGCCUUCUCAGGUGUGGCUCGCCUGGCCAAGCGGUGGGUGCGUGCCCAGCUCUUGGGUGAGGGAUUCACUGAUGAGAGCCUGGAUCUGGUGACCGCUGCCCUCUUCCUGCACUCUGAGCCCUUCAGCCCUCCCAGCUCCCCUCAGGUUGGCUUUCUUCGGUUCCUUUACCUGGUGUCUACCUUUGAUUGGAAGAACAACCCUCUCAUUGUCAACCUCAAUAGCGAACUGACUGCUGAGGACCAGGUAGAAAUUCGAAGUAGUUUCCUGGCAGCUCGGACACAACUCCCAGUCAUGGUCAUCAUUACCCCCCAGGACCGCAGAAGCUCUGUGUGGACACAGGAGAGACCCUCUGCCCAGAUCCUUCAGCAGCUCGUGACCCUGGCUGCUGAGGCCCUCCCUGUCCUAGAGAAGCAGCUGAUGGAUCCCCGGGGGCCUGGGGACAUUAGGACAGUGUUCCGGCCGCCCUUUGACAUGUACGAUGUACUGAUUCACCUGACUCCUCGCCACAUUCCUCGGCACCGUCAGGCUGUGGACCCUCCAGCUGCUUCCUUUUGCCGUGGUCUGCUCAGUGAGCCAGGGCCUUCAUCUCUGAUGCCUGUCCUGGGCUAUGAUCCCCCUCAGCUCUAUCUGGCACAGCUCAGGGAGGCCUUUGGUGAUCUGGCACUUUUCUUCUAUGACCAGCAUGGUGGGGAGGUGAUUGGUGUCCUCUGGAAGCCCACCAGCUUCCAGCCCCAGCCCUUUAAGGCCUCCAACAUAAAGGGACGCAUGGUGGUGUCUCGAGGUGGGGAGCUUGUGAUGGUUCCCAACAUAGAAGCAAUCCUGGAGGACUUUGCUGUGUUGGGUGAAGGCCUGGUACAAUCUGUAGAGGCCCGAAGCGAGAGGUGGACUGUGUGAUUCCAACUUCGUAACAAGCAGUAGGUGGACCAUGGGACUUUGGACUUCCAGGGCAGCAUGUCAGUGGGCAGCCACUGUGGUAUGGACACCCGCUGGCCAGAGCACACUGAUCAUCCCCAAAGGAAGCCCUGGCAGACUCGGGCAGGGGCCUUGGUGUCCUGUGUCCCCUAGACCUGACCAACCAAACUCCCUAGAAGAGGAGGAACCAGCUCAGAUGGAACUGAAUCCACAAGAUCCAUUUGUCUGUCAGUCCUGAGUCAGCCAGAACUGUUUUCUUCAGUUUUGAUUUUCUCUCUAUCUUCGUCUUCCCGAAACAGUUAAAGGACCUGUACCUGCCUGGUGUGGAGGCCAGGUCCUCCUUGCACUGGCAGGACGUACGCGCCUGGGUAAUAGUGUGCUUUCAGGCCUUUAGAUAGGACCCCAAAGGAGUUACGGCCCUUACUGAGGGUCACAGUACCAGCACUAAACAGUGGGAAGGGGACUGUGUGUGUGUAUGAAUAGAGUCCAUUAAACAAGCACAGUGCCUUCUUGUGUAAGUGCUGUUGCCUCCCAGCAUACUGACAGUGGAAAAAGAGAUGUAGACCAGACAGGGCUUGGAUGUGUGGAUUUGAGAGGGAUCCUCCAGCCCAGAGGCUAGGCAACGGUAUCCAUAAAGCACUGGAUUCUGCUGCCUAGCCUCUCAGUGUGAGCCCUACCCAG